CGUGGAGUCGUGUAUAAUUUUCCCCCAGGUUUUCGAAUGCGCUUGGAAACUUAUAAGACUUGGCGACAUUGAAGGCAUAGUCGGGAAAUUGAAUUUGCAAUGGUUGGAGUCUCAACAUGGUUUCGUUACAUUAACAACAAGGUCGACUACGCUGCCUCCAUAACCCGUAAGGCUUACAUUCAAGGGCAAAUUGGGGAUACUCAACUUCUUCAUAGCAUUUGGAGAACUAUACUCCAAGGAAGGUUGACGUUCUUGCACUGCAACAAGGAAGAAAAGUUGGCCCCAAUGUGUGCAGCAUUGACUGGAACUCUUCUAGUUCGCAAAAUUCCAAUGCCGCAUCCUGAGACUGUUAAUGUUGGAGAUGUGGUACUACUAAAAGACCCUGUGAACUCAAGCAAUCGACUCGUACGAAGAUUAGCAGCAAUCGAAGGAUACGAAAUGGUAUCUGACGAUAAAAAUGACGAGCCCUUCGUUCUUGAAAAGGAUCAGUGUUGGGUAUUGGCUGACAACGAAAGACUAAAGCCCGUGGAAGCCUAUGACAGUCGAACAUUUGGCCCCGUUGCCAUGUCAUCCUACAUCGUUGGCAGAGUCAUAUAUUGUCUGCGAAGUACUGUGGAUCAUGGCCCGGUGGAAAACAGUCCUUCGAGCGCCAAGGAGGAUUCACCUGUUCUAGAAGUUGAACUUGAUGUCGAUGAAAUCGCAAGAAAUCACAAAGCUUAGGUACGAUUCAAUCGCUUUUACAGACUUAAAUGCUCUGUUUUUUUUGUUUUUUUUUUUUUUUUUAAUAUGUAUGCUUAUCAUUUUUGCUGCCUGAAAAAAAAUGAAUGGUCUA